UUCCUGGAGCCAUUUUUCGCUGAAGCGAGAGCGAGAUCGCAUCGCUUUUUAAUCGCUUACAUCGGGUGUUUUAUCCUUUAGCAAUUCCUCUCAUAUUACAGCUAUGUAUUCCUAACACUGUCCGCUACCAUCAUUUAUGAUUAUUUUAUACCCACUCGCCCGGAUUUGGUAGAAAACCAGCUUCAAAUCACAAGUGGGACAAAGGGAACCUGCGCUUCUAAGGAUCAUGAGAAAGGGGGGUUCCUCGGUCCCAGGACAAGUCAUGUUAACAGGGGUUGUUAGAGGUGAACAGCACGGUGUUUUUACUACGGUUUCCGAUCGACGGUGUGCAGUUUAUUCCAAUGCAACCCGUAUACAAAUAAACACACCACCGUCCACUAAUAACGUCUGUGUGCCCGAGGCUUCUGCUGACAGUUUGUACACAACUCCUCUACAAGGAUCCACACAUGGGACAGGACUGCGACCCACGCUAGGACGACCGCCGGCUAAAAGGAGGCUGGAGCUGGACAUCACAGACCACCAAUACAGCGAGCCAGCUAAAACCCUUCGGAGUCGCAAAGGAGCUCUUAAACUGAAGAUCCCCAAAGCUCCCAAAACCCCACCGGAGAAGACACGAUACGACACAUCCUUGGGCUUCUUGACUAAAAAGUUCUGUCAGCUUCUGGCGCAGUCCUCUGAUGGAGUGUUAGAUCUCAAUAAAGCUGCCAUUGUGCUCAACGUCCAGAAGCGACGUCUGUAUGACAUCACCAACGUGCUGGAGGGAGUGCGCCUCAUCAAGAAAAAGUCAAAGAACAACAUACAAUGGCUGGGCUCCAGCUUGCCAGCAGAAGGUGGGCUUCCAUCUCCAGCAAUGCAGAGCCACAGCCUGGCCAGAGAGAUGCUGGCUCUCACUCAGGAGGAGAGACGUUUGGAUGAACUCAUUCAGACCUGUACGAGGAAUGUCCAGCAGAUGACAGAGGAGAUUCACAGUCAGAAAUAUGCCUAUGUGACCUACCAAGACAUUCGAAGGAUAAAAAGCCUAAAAGACCAAACAGUCAUAGCGAUUAAAGCACCCUCUGAAACGAAGCUGGAAGUGCCUGAUCCAAAGGAGAGUUUACAGGUACACCUGAGUAGCUCGAAGGGUCCUAUUGAUGUCUUCCUCUGUACGGACGGUGGUGACUCUGGAAGUCCACUACAGAACGGGCUGGAUGUGAAUGGAAAUCACCCUGCAUUUCUCAAAGUCUCCCAAGAAGCUGCUUCAGAUGGACCAGCUGAUAAUGUGAAGAUGAACGGCAACUCUAAUGGCAGUGUCAAUGGUUUUGGGCCACUGUCUGGAAAUGCCCCCAUGUCACCCCUCAGUUCCUCCUUGUCCUCCAUUCUCCAACAGCCCGAGGAGGCGAUCCCCUUUGUACCUCUGUCUCCCGCUCUUCUCAGCGACGAAUACAUGCUGGGCUUGGGAGAUGAGCAGGGCAUUAGUGAUCUGUUUGACUCCUGUGACCUGGACACGCUAGCACUGGAUGACCUGCUCAGGAUAUGAGUGACCCCAGAGUCCACCCGGACCACUUUUCAAGUUAGUCGACUUUUUUUUUUUUUUUUUGGUUAGUUUUGCAUCCUGAAUGAAAUCCGAAUUGACAAUAAUGAAAGGUGUGAAUUUUUGAGGAAAAACUACAGACUGAAUUUCCUUUUUCCCUAAUCGUCGCUUUUGAAAUUCAGAGUUUACGCUUGGAUCUCAUGUUUUACCACUAAGGGAUUCAAAGUUUCUCUUGUCUGAUACUGUAAAGAUGGGUGUCUGUACAUGGAUAAUGUUUUAAAAGUUAUUUUUUAGUGUGGUGAUUUGCAUGAGUUGUGUGAGUGUCUAUCAACUUUGUCAUACUGGUUUUCGUGAUGGCGGCGCCUUUGUAGUCUCAACGAAUGUAUCACAGAACAGUCACAAUAUAGAGUAUCUCUCUACUGUCAAUGCGAUCAUUUUUGUCUGUUGAGUUAAUCUUGCUUGCUUUUCAAGUGGACAAAAGAAGUAUCUUUGCAUUAUAGGCUAGCUAAAUAUCAAAGAAUACUAUUCCCUUAUUGAUUGAUUGAUCCAAAGUGCAUUUGGUGCGUCAUUUUGUAUUUCUUUCUAGCAUUUGCACAGAUCAAGGAGUGAGAGCUAUGUUGUUGAUCUGUCUUGUGAUGUGUGGGUAUAUGUAGAAUCAAAUCUGUUUUACAGUGUCUUAUCAAUUUGUUACCAAAUGAUUUGGGCAAAAUUGAACAUGUUUGUUAACAACAAUGAAAUGCUUCUGUGAGUUCUCAUUUAUUAAAGUUUGUAUAACUUUUAGAUUGGAAAUGACCCCAAUGUAGUCCCCUUAAUGUUGAUUGUAUUUCAGUAUCUGAAUUGCACUGAAGUCUUAAAGCCAUGAUGGACAUCUGUGGCAAAACUUGCCCCAAUGAUGUGACAUUUAGUGUCCCACAGAGAAUAGUAAUGUUUUUUUUUUUUUUUGUAAAAUUUUCCUAUCAGAUAUUUCCCCCUCGGUUUUGUCCAUUCCAGUAAAUUAAUAAUUGUACAAAGGCUGCCUAAAUAAUGUAAAAUGAUUUAUUCCUCUCAUUUUUUCUUUUCUUUAUAUACCUUAAGUCCUGCAAAAUAGAUUAAGCCAAUUUGUUACUUUUAGUUUCAUUUCUGUAACUUUUAGGUAAGUUCAGUUGUUUAAUACUUCAAAUGUGAAGUAACUUGUUAAUGCAGUUUUUGCUGUGGUUAAAGUAAAUUAUGGUACUUAAUUAUGAAUUAGUGCUGAUGCUCACUGGUUCUUUUGGUUCUGCAUAGGAAUGAGGGUAUUGGUCAUAUAGAACAAUGUUAUGAGUAAUCCAUUUGCCAGUAUGUAUUCUAUUCUAUACAGUGCAAAUUUUGGAUAUUCUAUCCUAAAUGUAGAUUUGAUUUUGUUUUUAUAUAAUUAGGCAGUUUUGUGUGCCAACGUGUGUGAAAAUGUAAAGUUUUAUAUAUGUGGAUUGUAAACUGCUCAUCAGUUUUUUGCAAAAUUGUUUUUAAUAAAGUUAUGA